AUUGCAACAACGUGUAUAAUAAGUACUUGCAAAUUGGCAAGUGAAGGAUUCGCAAAUCAAUCUGCUGUAUUGGCCAAGUGUUCAGUUAAUGUCCAUAGAACCGUGACGUCGUUAAGGGGAACACAGCCAGCUUGUCAUUUGCCUGCCGAGCGAGAAAAGCGUCGACGUCGCAGCCGUUGCGUCGCGUGUACACAUUCAGAAGUGAAUAACUUUAAGUUUUUUGUGGAUAUUCGGAGAAGAAACGUGUUGAGACUGCGCCAGGAAAGAUGGUUAAAGCUAAAAAGGGCAAGAAAGAGAUAGUAACCACUGCUGGUGGUGGCUCCUCAGCUGAUGAAAUCGAAAGUAAUCCAGCCCAGAGCCAAACGGUCAUUGACUCCGAUGCCGACAGUGUGGAUGUGGACAAGGUAAGCGCCAACAACAAGCGGAAUCAGCAGCAGAAAGGCAAAAAGCAAAAGAACAAGAGGGCCACUGCACCGGAUUCGGAUGAAGGUAGCGAUGCCGAUCAGGUGGAGGCUUUGACAAAGGGUGUGAAAAAAUUGAAUGUCAAGGGCAAAGGCAAGAAGGCAAAAGAAGUCGCCAGCGAUGAUGAGUCUGGCGAUGAAGCUCCAGCACCCAAGUCUAAGGGAAAAGCGGCCAAAAAAUCGGCUUUCGAGCUGUUAAUGGACGACGACGACGAUGAUGAUGAUGAAGCGCCGGCAGAGGAAAUCGCACCAGUCGACAAUGAGGACGAGGAGGAGGUGGUCGUCACAAAGACGCAAAAGAAAAACGAGAAAAAAGGCAAAAAGGGCAAGCGCAAGGGAAAAGAUGAUGACGAGGAGGAUCUCGACAAGGUGCUGGCCGAGCUGCAAGCGGAAUAUGCUGGUGAAGCGCCUUCUGUAGUGACGGUUGUGUCACCCGAAGAUUUGGCCGAUGAGGAAUUCAGCAAAAAGAAAAAGAAUAAGAAGCAACAGAAACAAACUUCUGCCGCUGCUGAAGAAGCUGCCGUGGAGGGCAGCGAUGACGAGAUUGGAAACGAAGAAGCUGGAGGCACCAUGAAAACGGCAGCGCAAAAGAAAAAGGAGAAAAAGGAGCGACAAAAACGCGAAGCGGCUUUGGCUAAGCAGCGCGUAGCAUUGGAGCCCAAGCAAAAACCGGUGGAAAAGCCCGAGCCUGCGCCUGAACCAGCGCCGGUUUCCGAAGAGCCUGCUGUAGAGGAUGACGCCGAGCCUGUUGCCAAUGAGGGCGACGAGACCGAGGAUGGCGGUAAAGCGAGCGGAAAAAAUAAGAAAAAGGGCAAAAAAGACAAAAAGGCCGAGGCUGAGGAAGAGAAGAAAGAUACAAAGAAGAAAGGCAUGUCCGCGGCCAUGGUAGCGGCAAUGCAGGAGCAACUGAAAAAGCGCAAGGAAGAAGAAGCUCGCCUCCAGCAAUUGGAGGAGGAGCGUAUUCGUUUAGAGGAGGAACGCGAAGAGGCACGUCUCGAGGCUGUGCGACUAGAAGCUGAGAAAAAGGAAAAGAAGAAGCAGAAAGAAGCCGAACGUAAGGCGCGCCUCAAGGCUGAGGGCAAACUUUUGACGAAAAAACAAAAGGAAGACCGAGCACGCGCUCAGGCGCUACUGGAGUCUCUAAAGGCGCAGGGAUUGGAAAUUCCAGAUCCGACUGAGAGGCGUGCGCCACGACCAGGCACACGCAUAAGGCCUAACAAGAAAAAGGGUCCGAAGGACGGAACGACUGAGGAUGAGGAGGCCAAGGCAGCUGCCGGAAAAGAAACUCCUCAAACCGCUGCUGAACAGGCCAUAGCCGAAGCUGCCAAGCAGGAGGCAGUCAAAGAAUCCUGGGAUGCCACUGACAGUGAAGCGGAACCUGAGGAUGAAUCCUCACAAGCCACCACAACCACGACAAACAAUGGCAAAGCGGAGCUAGCCGACGAGACGGAGAGCGAAGAGAAUGAUAGCGAUGAUGAAAGUGAAUCGGAAGACGAGGAAAGUGAAGAAGAAUCCGAAAAAGAGGAGCAAGCGCUGGCCAAUGAUCCCGAAUCUCGUCGCCUACGUGCCGAGGCGCGCAUUUUGAAACGGCAAGCUGAGGCGGAGAAAAAACGCACCACCGAUGAGCUGCGUGCCAGCGUCGUUUGUGUUUUGGGACACGUAGACACGGGCAAGACAAAAAUUCUCGAUAAGCUGCGUCGCACGCAUGUCCAGGAUUCCGAGGCGGGCGGCAUUACGCAACAAAUUGGUGCCACCAAUGUACCCAUCGAUGCUAUCAAGGAGCAGACGAAAUAUGUACGAGGAGCUACCGGCUUUGAUCAUCGUCUGCCAGGUCUGCUGAUCAUCGACACUCCCGGUCACGAGUCCUUCAGCAAUCUCCGCAAUCGCGGCUCCUCACUCUGUGAUAUUGCCAUUCUGGUCGUCGAUAUUAUGCACGGCCUGGAGCCCCAAACCAUUGAGUCCAUCAACCUGCUUAAAAAGAAGAAAUGCCCAUUCAUUGUGGCGCUGAACAAAAUCGAUCGCUUAUAUGAUUGGAAAGUUCUGGCUCGUCGUGAUGUCCGCGAUGUGGUUAAGGAGCAACAGGCGAACACACAGCUUGAAUUCCAGCAACGCACCAAGGAGGUUAUUCUACAAUUCGCCGAACAGGGCCUCAACGCAGCCCUCUAUUACGAGAACACCGAUCCUAAGACAUAUAUCUCUCUAGUGCCGACCAGCGCCAUCACUGGCGAGGGAAUGGGCAACCUGCUCUUUAUGAUUGUCGACUUCUGCCAGAAAAUGCUGGCCAAGCGCCUAAUGUACUCCGAGGAACUGCAGGCCACAGUUCUGGAGGUUAAGGCCAUACCAGGUCUUGGUACCACCAUCGAUGCCAUACUAAUUAACGGCAAGCUACGUGAGGGUCAGACAAUGAUCCUAGCGGGCACCGACGGCCCCAUUACGACUCAGAUUCGUUCGCUGCUGAUGCCACAGCCGAUGAAGGAGUUGCGCGUGAAGAACGCAUAUGUGGAGUACAAAGAGGUGAAGGCUGCUCAGGGCGUAAAGAUAGCAGCAAAGGAUCUUGAGAAGGCCAUUGCUGGCAUUAAUUUGCUUAUUGCGCACAAACCCGAUGAAAUCGAGAUUUGCAGGGAAGAGGUUGCACGCGAGCUGAAGAGUGCGCUUAGUCACAUUAAAUUGGCCCAGGCAGGAGUCUAUGUGCAGGCUUCCACUUUGGGAUCCCUCGAAGCUCUGCUGGAAUUCUUGCGCACUUCCAAAAUUCCGUACUCCGCCAUACGUAUUGGACCCGUAGUCAAACGUGAUGUCAUGAAGGCUUCCACCAUGCUGGAGCAUGAGGCGCAAUAUGCAACAAUUUUGGCAUUCGAUGUUAAGGUGGAGAAGGAGGCACAGGAAAUGGCCGAUUCGUUGGGUGUUAAAAUAUUCCAAGCGGACAUUAUCUAUCAUCUAUUCGAUAAAUUUACCUCAUAUCGUGAAGAGUUGAAACAAAAGAAACGCGAGGAGUUCCGUUCCAUAGCCGUCUUUCCCUGCAAGCUAAAGAUACUGCCACAGUUUAUAUUCAACAGUCGCGAUCCGAUCGUGAUGGGUGUAAUGGUGGAGAACGGCAUUGUCAAAGUCGGCACACCCAUGUGUGUGCCUAGCAAAGAGUUUGUGGACAUUGGCAUUGUUACCUCCAUUGAAUCGAAUCACAAGCAAAUUGAAUUUGCGCGCAAAGGUCAAGAGAUUUGUGUGAAAAUCGAACCAAUUCCUGGUGAAUCACCGAAAAUGUUUGGACGUCAUUUUGAGGCGGAUGACAUGCUUGUCAGCAAGAUCUCUCGUCAGAGCAUCGAUGCCUGCAAGGAUUAUUUCCGUGAUGAUCUGAUCAAGGCUGAUUGGGCCCUUAUGGUUGAACUGAAGAAAUUGUUUGAGAUUUUGUAAACAUCCGCUAUAUAAUACGUACAACAACAAUAACUAGAACAACCGCAAACUAUUACGACUAUGUACUACAUUAUAGACUGCUUAUGCUCGAGACCAUGCCCUCCAUCCGAGCUGGGCCGCCGCUGCCGCCCCCUCCGCCAAACAAAAAA